AUGCUUGCCAUUCUGACCGUUGUGCCGUUAAAUAAUUUGAGUAUUUGUGCAGCUGCUGGUCUUAUUAUCACUUGUUUGUCCAUCGAUGCGACAUCGCCAUGGUAUAUUAUGUGUCUAGUUCUGGCGAUGUGCAUGUGUGCAGUGAAUCGUUUGUUCUUGAAUGCAGAGAAAUUCAUUACGAGUAGAGAUUGGGUAAUGGUACUUGGAGACGACAGGACACUGUCUAAUAUGAACGCCACACUGUUAACUUUGGAUCAGUUUACGAACGUGAUUGCACCCUUAUUCACAGGAGCCCUUGUCACCUGGGUUGGUCUUCGUGAAACAGUUGGAAUCUUUGGAAUUGCAUCCCUCGUAUCGAUGACUUCGAAAUCCAUUUUCCUCCGUUUGAUCUACAUUUCCAAUCCACUGCUUCAAGUUAAAAAGGAUAAAAAAGAGGAAAUUACGACUGAUCCAUUUUCAAAUUCCCGUCUGAACGAGUCCGUUGUGAAAACAUAUUGGCGACAAGUCUCAUUCUCAGCUGCAUUCGGAAUGGCUCUUCUUUUCAUGACAGUGAUGGGAUUCGAUGGAUUGGCAGUUGGAUAUGGAUCAAGUGCUGGACUACCUGAAUUCAUCAUUGGAGCAUUCAGGUCAUUUGGCUCAUUGACCGCAAUUCUGGGAGCAUUUUCUUAUGCAUUCUUUGAGAAACGAUAUAGUGUUGCCACGUCGGGACUACUUGGAUUGGUGGUUCAACAGUUCUUUGCUAUGAUGGCAGUAGUUUCUGUGUUUCUUCCUGGAUCUCCAAUGGAUCUCGGUGGAUAUUUUGGAAAUUUUACAGCUGGAGGAUGGUGGCAUGAUAUGGUUCACAGUUUCAAUGGAAACAAUGGAACUAACUUUGAUCCUCAUGUCGAUUGGAACCAUUUCAGUUCAGAUGGCGUCAGCUUGGUCAGUAUCUUUGUGUUUUUGAUUGCAAUUGCAUCUGCGAGAUACGGACUUUGGUGUCUCGACCUUGCCAUCACCCAUAUCAUGCAAGUGACUGUCCCUGAAAGAGAACGAAAUACAGUAUUUGGAAUGCAUAAUGCUCUUUCAUGCCUUUCAAUGAAUACUUCUUCUGCAUUAUUCAUUACUUUUAUGGUUAUUGCAAUGUUCCUUUGUGCAGUAAACCGACUUUUCAUCAAUGCAGAGAGAUUUAUAAUUGGAAGAGAUUGGGUUAUGAAGAUAGCAGAGGAAGGAGAACUGUCAAAGCUUAAUGCAACAUUACUGACUUUGGAUCAAUUUACAAACGUGAUUGGACCAUUGAUAACUGGAGCAUUGGUAACAUGCAUUGGUCUUCAAGAAACAGUUGGAAUAUUGGGUGCAGUCUCUCUCGUUUCAAUGAUAUCCAAAGCCUUCUUCCUCCGACUAAUCUACAUGUCAGUCCCAUCACUCCAAAUGAAAGAUGAUAAGCUAGAAGAAGUGUCAAAUCGUCGGAGUUCGAAUGUAAUCUACACCUAUUGGCGUCAAGAAUCAUUUGCAGCUGCCCUGGGAGAAGCAUUACUUUAUAUGACUGUGAUGGCAUUUGGUGGAUUGGCAGUUGGAUAUGGAUCAAGUGCCGGACUACCUGAAUUCAUACUUGGUGCUUUCAGAUCUUACGGAUCUGUUACUGCUAUUUUCGGAGCAUUUUCCUAUGCGAUAUUUGAGAAACAAUUUGGUGUUCUGAUAUCGGGAUUAAUCGGAUUACUCGUCCAACAAGUAUUCGCAAUACUGGCAGUCAGUUCCGUGUUCCUUCCUGGAUCCCCUAUGAAUAUAAAAAGUUAUAUGGAAAAUAUCACGAUGGGUACCUGGUGGCAUGAUAUGGUUCACAGUUUCGAUGGGAAAAAUUCAACGGGAGUCAGUCCGCAUGUGGAUUGGGCUAGUUUUACUUCCGAUGGUGUCAGUUUGGCCAGUAUUAUGGCGUUUUUAGUUGCCAUCGCAUCUGCAAGAUAUGGUAAGCAAUCAAAAUGUGAACACUCUUUUUUUCUUCCAGGACUCUGGUGCAUGGAUCUUGCUGUUACCCAAAUAAUGCAAAUGACUAUUCCUGAAACAGAGAGAAAUACAGUAUUUGGAACUCAUAAUGCUCUUUGUAACACGUUUUCGGUGCUCAAAGAUAUCUUGGUUAUUAUUCUUCCGUUACCGUCCACAUUUGCAAUUUGUAUAUUCAUUUCUUAUGGUUUUGUCACCGCUGGUCAUCUAUCAUACAUCUAUUAUAUGCUGAAAACCAAAAGAUUCUCAAGAGGUGAAAGAAGAAGGCAAUCUGAGGUGGGACCAGCAGAAGAGAUGGAUGAACUCAAUCCUUUCAAAGAAUGA